AUGAGAAAAUCUUUUAUGAAUAAUAUCUUGUUAGAUGAUUUACGAACAUCAAAGAAGAAGAAGAAGACUGCUUCUGAUGUUAUAGAUUUACCCCGAAUGGAAUAUGGAGUCGACCUCACGUAUAGUCAGGCAUACCAUGGUUUACAAUUCCCCAAGCAAUUUAUUUGGGGUGAUGACAUCAAGUCCUGUUCAGAAUUUGUUUGGUAUAAAGAUGCCAUUGAACAGUACAAUCCUGGAAGUGUUGUCAAUUUUGAGUAUGAUAAUAUGACGCGUCAGUUCAAAAGGUUUUUCGUUGCUUUUAAAGCUUUCAUAACUGGUUUCAACAAUUACUGCCGUCUGAUGCUAUUUAUCGAUUGUACCUUUCUCACCAGAAAGUUCAAAGGUGGUCUUAUGGUUGCUUGUGGCAAAACUGGUAACCAAGUGGUUUGGGGUAUUAUUCGUGAAGAUCGUCCACUGACCAUCAUAUCAGAUCGUGGAAUCGGCCUUUUGAAGCAUGUGCCUGAAGUCUUACCAAAUGCUUUCAAUUCGUACUGUUUGUACCAUAUGAAAGAAAAUAUUCUUGUUCCAAAGGGCAAGAGUAGAAAAACUGCAGUCAAGUUAUUCGAAGAGUGCUACACUGCAUUAACAAAGGAAAAUUUUUACGCUGCUGCGAAGAGUAUGAGUAAUAUAAAGUUGGAUUCAGUGAUUGCUUGGAUGAUAAAGAUUCCAUUCGAGAAUUUGGCUUCUCAUGCAUUUCUAGGAGAAAGGUGGGGUGAGAACACAUCUAGUAUUCAUGAGAGUUUUAAUAACGUUAUUAAGCAUGAUAAGUCGCUUCCAGCACUUGAGCUUGUCGAUGUUAUUCGUGCUAAGGUAAUGUUGCAGAAUUACAAAAGGUUAUUGGAGUAUAACAAGUGGACUACAAGGCUUACUCCUCAUAUGCAAGCAAGGUUUAACAAGAGGAUAACUGACUGUCGUUCAUACAAGUUUCGGAGAUCAAGUGAGAAAGUAUUUGAGAUCAUUUCUCCAACAGGAAAGCAUACCUUCGACUUGGAUUCUAGAACUUGCAGCUGCAAAUGGUGGCAAAAACAUAGCUUUUCUUGCACUCAUGCAAUGAAAGCAAUGUUGCAGAUUGGAAAUGAUGAACCAUACAACUACAUUAGCCCUUACUAUACUUCUGACUACUUUAGAAGGUUGUAA